CUUACUUCUGUCCAAUCAGCAGCAAGGAAAUUCAAGCUCCAUUACACAAGCGCUUCCAUUGUGUAACUUUGUAAACAAGACUCCGUCUGAAGAAUUUUAGGAUUCAAGAUGGCCUUUGCCCAGGCUGACAGGGCGAUUGGAGCAAUCAUUGGUUCAGCUGUUGCCGAUGCUGCAGCACAACCACUCCAUUGGGUCUAUGACUUGCAGAAGCUGAGCGUGUUACUCUCUGAAACUCCUCAGCCAGAGUUUCGUCCAGAUUCUGCCAACCCGUUCUACAGGAGGAACACUGGACAGCAGAGCUGCUAUGGAGAUCAAGCAUUUGUGCUUUUGGAAUCCCUGUCUGAGAAUGGAGGUCUGAAUGUGGAAGAUUUGAAGCAGCGUACCUACAAGUUCUUUGGGCCUGGAUCUGAGUAUGACACACCAGUCAAUGAUCCUUACCGAGACAAAGGAGCUCCCAGGCCUCAACUACCCAUUGAGGGACCCUGGAGACAGGCAAGCCUUAAGAGCUUUAUUAAAAAUGUGGAUGCUGGCAAUGCAGAGACAGGUUGUGAAACUGAUAAUCAAAUUGAUGGUGUUUCAAAGCUGGCUCCCAUUGUAGCAUGUUAUGGUGGAAAGCCAGAGAUGUUGGAGAGAGUUGAGGAAGCCAUCCGUGUCACUCAGAACAACGACAUGUGUGUGGCAGUAACUCUUGCUGCUGCUAGGUUCUUGGAGCAUUUCAUCCUGAAUGGUCCUGAUCCUAAAGCGCUGGAUGCAGUGCUGAAACAGCUCAGUGACCCGAAUAGAAAAAACCCUCAGGAGCUGGACAAAGCUGUAGCUGGGCACAUUCAUCAAGUAAAGGAGAAUCUGAACAAGAAACCCAAAGAGCUCAUUCCUACUGUGUUCCCAAACACCUGAGGUUUGCCCGGUGCAUUCCAGGCAGCAUUGCAUGGGGUUUUGACAGCCAGUGGGUAUGAGCAGUCUAUCCGGGACACCAUGAGCUGUGGGGGAUGCACCUGUAGCAGGAGCUCCUUCAUUGGGGCCUGCAUUGGGGCUCAGAUUGGACUUGAAGGAAUCCCAAGUUCAUGGAAAAGCAAGACUCUGCGAUACAACACUUUGCUAGAUCUUGCAAAGAAAGUUGCUUGUCUCCAGCAUGCCUAAACUUUUCAAAGCAAACUAGUGGACAAAUAUAAAAUCAUACAUGUUUUCUUGAUUUUUGUCUCAUCUUCCAUUGCUGUUGUGAUUUGAUAAGACAGUUCAUGAAAGUUUUAGCUCGAAACAAUGUAAGGUUAGAACUUGAUACCUUUGCUCUGUUAAAUCACAGCAUGGCAUGCUGAAAAUAACAUACAUUGUGGCAUUACACAACUGUUUAACUGAGAACACAGUUUGCUCUACUACUCAAUAGAUAGAGUACCUGUUUUGAAUGUUGGCGUCAUCUAGUGGACAUUAGGAAAACUGAUCUCAUUACACCAAACAUGCAAUUGUUUAUAGGAAACACAGAUGCAUACAAUACCUUUAACCAUUUUUAAAAAUGUAAACACAGACACAAUUUAAUAUAGGGGAUAAUGUCUGUAGGUCAGGAAGACAGUUGUUAUUUCUUUGUGUAAUAUGACCACAUUUAUUGUAUAACAUGUUCAUUUGACUUAUUUCAGUAUCUGUUAACCCUUAAUACUUGAUGACUAUCAAUUUAACCCUUAAACGCAUACCUCGGGUCUUAAGUGACCCGGGACCCUCGUUCCACCCCCUGUACCUCAUCAGUUUCUUUUAGAGUUGUGCCAACACCUCUUUUAAUUCCUCAAUCUUUCUGUUAUAAAUAGUGUGUGUGUGUGUGUGUAUGUAAAAUUCCAAUAUAUAUAUAUAUAUAUAUAUAUAUAUUAUAUAUAUAAUGGCUUAAGAACCAAAAAUGCAUAGGGUCAUUAGGUCACUAGAUAUGUAAUAGUUGUUUUUUGUUUUUGUUUUGUUUGUUUUUUGCACUUCCAUAAAUAAUAUUUUUAUGAUUAUUUCAUUAAUAUAUAAGUUUACUAUAACAGGAUAUCUAUUUAUUUGUUUAUUAAAAUAUAAAUUAGUAAUCUAUUCAUAUAAAUAAAUACUAUAUCACAUUGAUUUUCUGUGUGACAAUGAUGAAUUAUCAGUAUUCCAUAUGUGUGGAUACAUAAAUAUUAUAUAUGCUAUUUCUUCCUCAAGUUUGCGCAGUUGUUUCAGUAAUUUAUUUGAUUUACAUUUGAGAGUAUUUGAUGAAGAUACAACAUGGACAGUAUGAUAUGACUAUUGUCAUUUGGGUUUAGGCCUACUAUGGAAAAUAUGUGAAUUGUACAUCUAUUUAGACUCAAUAAGUGCCUGAUAAAAUACUUAUAUGUAGAUUGUGUGUUAUGUGUGGCUCAGUGUGUGUUUGACAGCCAGUUGCAUCUCAUAAAAUUUCAGUGUGAAAAUAAUUAAUCCUGUUCUAGAUUUGUCCUAAUUUGUGGCAUUAUCUCUUUGUUAUAUGAAAAAUAAAACAUCAACAUAUA